ACCAUUUCAACGCGCGAGCUUAACUCCAACGGGGUAACGAUUUCUUAGACCCCAAAGAAAAAAAGUCCAUGGCGUCAUUGCCGUACUCUGACGUUGAUUCACAUCUCAGAGCAUUAGCCGGUCAGGCUGAGGGUUUCGGCCGAUUCUCCGUCGGCGGUCUUCAUGGACCGGUUUAUCACGUCACCAACUUGGCCGAUGAUGGUCCAGGAUCACUUCGUGAUGGGUGUCGUAGAAAAGAACCCCUUUGGAUUGUUUUUGAAGUCUCUGGCAUGAUUCAUCUUUCGUCCUACUUAAGUUUGUCUUCUUAUAAGACAGUGGAUGGUCGUGGCCAUCGCAUAAAAAUCACUGGUAAAGGUUUGAGGCUGAAGGAAUGUGAACAUAUUAUUAUAUGCAACCUGGAGUUUGAAGGUGGCAGAGGGCACGAUGUUGAUGGCAUCCAAAUUAAACCAAAUUCUAGGCAUAUAUGGAUAGACCGCUGCAGCUUAUGUGAUUAUGAUGAUGGACUUAUUGAUAUAACAAGGCAAAGCACUGAUAUUACUAUCUCUAGAUGUUACUUCACACGACAUGAUAAGACGAUGCUUAUUGGAGCUGACCCCUCUCAUAUUGGUGAUAGAUGCAUUAGAGUGACAAUUCAUCACUGUUUUUUUGAUGGCACACGACAACGACAACCUCGUGUCAGAUUUGGAAAAGUUCAUUUAUACAAUAAUUACACCAGAGGAUGGGGCAUAUAUGCUGUUUGUGCUAGCGUAGAGUCACAGGUAUAUUCUCAAUGCAACAUCUAUGAAGCAGGAGAGAAGAAAAAAACUUUCGAAUACUAUACAGAGAAGGCUGCAGAUAAAGAUGAGAAAAUAUCUGGUUCAAUUAUAUCUGAAGGAGAUUUAUUCCUGAAUGGAGCUCAAGCAAGUAUACGAAGUAUUGAAAAGGAAGAAUCCAUUUUCCAUCCAAGUGAUUUUUACCCUACAUGGACACUAGAACUUGCAUCAGAUUCUCUCAAGGCUGUUCUUCAAAUCUGUGCAGGUUGGCAAUCUAUAACUAUGCCAGCAGAACAAGUUGGCAGCAGUACAUGACUUGCUGUGACAACUUCCCGUUCUCAUAUAUGUAUAUCUCUUCUUUGACAGCAAUUUGAACUUAAAAUAUUCAUGCAGUAGAUAUUUCUGCAUAAGCUUAUUAAAAUUCUUUGUCAAAUUUUAUUGAACACAAAAUAUCAACAUUUUCUCUAUUGAAUAUAUAGAUGUUAUAACACUUGAUAUUUGAA